CACACACCUGUCAUCCGCGUGCACGUGUCCCUUUGUGUCACCUGAGCGCGCGCACGGCUCAGUUCAUCCUCAGAGACACGACGGGUCCGCGCGCUGCGUGAAAACAGAAGAACGACGGAGGAAAAGAGCGAAGCGCAGGUUCGGACACUUGGGACGUUUCUGUAGAAAACUGGGACAAAUCGGUGGAUUUUUAUAAACCUGUUGGGACUCGGGACUCGACUGGAAAAAAACAACAUCCAGGACAAGUGAGAUUUCAAAAUGCCGAGCAACAAACACUCCAGCAGCAAACUACACGGCGGUCGGUUCAGACCCAGUGAAGUCUCUAACCCGGUGUUUCCGUACUCGCCGGACGAUCACCUGCUGCACUUUUACCGCUGGACGUCUCCUCCCGGCGUCAUGAAGAUCGUGUCCAUCAUCAUCAUCAUCUUCUGCGUGGCCGUGUUCGCCUGCGUCGCGUCCACGCUCGCCUGGGACUACGACAUGAGCCUGAUGGGCGGGAUGGGCGGCAUGGUGCCCGGCUACGGCGGCUACGGCGGCGGCUACGGCGGCGGCUCCUACGGCGGCUCCUACGGCGGCUCCUACGGCGGCGGCGGCUCGUACGGCGGCGGCGGCUACGGCGGCGGCGGCUACGGCGGCUACGGCGGCUACGGCGGGAGCACGUACAUGGACCCCAAGAGCGGUAAAGGCUUCAUCAUCGGCGUGGCGGGCGUCACCUUCAUCGCCGUGCUGGUCGUCUUCGUGAUGGUGGUGUCGCGGCAGAGCUCGGCGCGGGGACACACCUUCUACCUCGCCGCCAUCGUGGUGGGCGCCGUCCUCGCCUUCCUCAUGCUCAUCGCCACCAUCGUUUACCUCGUCGCCGUCAACCCCACGGCACAAAGCUCCGGGUCCAUGAUGUACAACCAGGUCCUGCAGCUCUGUGCCCAGUACCAGAACCAGAACCAGGCCCAGGGCAUCUUCGUCAACCAGUACCUCUACCACUACUGCGUGGUGGAGCCGCAGGAGGCCAUCGCCAUCGUCCUCGGGUUCCUCGUGGUCGUGGGUCUGGUCGUUCUCGUGGUCUUCGCGGCGAAGGCUCGUGGUCAGAUCCGGCGCUGGGGCGAACACCGCGUCCUGUGGGAGGAGCCUAAAGUCCUGGGCAGCGCCACGCACCACAACAGCGUCGGGGAGUGGGUCAAUAACGUGUCUGGAGAUCCCGAGUUCCUGGUCAACGCCCCCAACGAGAAAGUGGGCGGGUCCCGGGACUUUCUGGACCGUCUGGACCCGGGGAGACCGCUGUACCUGCCCGGAGACUCGGACGUGAGCAGCUCCAUCCUGAUCCCCAAACCCCGAGAGCAGGACGAGUCCGGAGACGAGCUGGAGGACGAGGACUUCAGCAGUCUGUUUCCGUCCAUCGCUGAUGAGUCUGAGCGUCUUUGGUACAAACGGGAGUUUGAUCGGGAUCAUGACGAGUAUCGAUCGAUCCAGAACGACCUGGAGCAGAUCAACCACGACCUGCAGCGACUGGACCACGACCUGAGUCAACUCCCCCACGGCAGCCCGCAGUACCUGGACUCUCUGGACGAGUUCGAACGUCUCAGGAGUUUUAAAAAGUCGGCUCAGUACCAGAUGAAGAAGCAGCGCUGUAAACAUCUUCGCUCCAAACUGUCCCACCUCAAGAGGAAGAUCAGCGAGUACGACCACAGACCCUGAACCUGGACCUGGACCCGGACCUGGACCCAGACCGGCACCCGACUUGGACCUGGACCCGACCUGAACCUGAACCAGGACUGGAUCUGGACCAGUCUGGGUCACAAUCAAGUUUAAAUCAGAACAAACGACCACAUGAAGUUUUAUCUACAAAUGGACUAAACCAGGACUAAACCGGGACUAAACCGGGACUAAACCUGGACUAAACCUGGACUAAACCGGGACUAAACCGGGACUAAACCGGGACUAAACCGGGACUAAACCGGGACUAAACCGGGACUAAACUGGGACUAAACCAGGACUUCUUGUAAACUCUUUAAGCGUCUCAGUGUUUUUGAACCAAAUCUUUUCAGUUUUUUCUAGUUUUAGAACAAAAAAUGUUUUAUUUAAUUUUGAAGACAAACGUUUGUGUUGAAUAUUGAAAAGUCUGUGACAUUUGGAUCAGUUUUUAAAGAACAACUGUGUAACUUUUGGAUGAUUUUUUGGUGUUUUUAAAUGUCUCGUGGGUCUUUGUGCAGACGCUGUCCUUUUUUAUCCAUAUGAAGUUGAAUCUUGUAUAAACUCCUAAAUUAAAUCCUUUAAAUCUCUCUGGAUUUACACUUUGACUUUCUGUCUUUCAAAACCUGAAGGAUCAUGUGACCUGUUCUCUACGGCUCCGGGUCCGACUCCGGCUCCAGGUCUGACUCUGGGUCUGACUCCGGGUCCGGGUCCGGGUCCGGGUCUUUGUAUUUGUGCAAUGAGCUUUGAAUAAACAGAUUUUUAUCGUUUUACUGUGAAAAUAAAAAAAUAAAACUUUUACUGAA